CCUCACACAGCCUCACCUCCGCCUUCCACCUCAGCUGCGUCCGCACCGGGAGCUAACACGUGCUUACGCGAUCGGCUGAGCACUUUCAGUGUCUGCCCAAAACACCAACCUCAGUCCACGGUCCCGCCUCCUUUGUCCCCGUGCGUGUCUCUCACCUCCGCCGCCAUCAUGGACCCCUACGACAUGGAAGGCGGCGCAAUCAACGUGCGAUUCCUUAAUGCCGACAGCACACGCGCCAACUUCCUGAUCCAGAACUUCGACCUCGCCACGGCCAACUCGCUGCGGCGGGUUAUGCUCGCCGAAGUUCCCACUAUAGCCAUCGAUGUCGUCGAGGUCCUUGACAACACCUCCGUCCUUGCCGACGAGUUCAUCUGCCACCGCCUCGGACUGAUUCCACUAAAUAGCACCAACGUCGACGACCUUCUGGCCUCGCGCGACUGCGACUGCGAUGGUUACUGCGAGCUAUGCAGCGUCGUUCUCAUGCUCGACGCGAAGUGUACUGGAAAUGACAUAAUGAAGGUGUAUGCGCGCGACUUGGUGGUCUCGGAGGGCCGACCAAAUGAAGAGAUUGGCCUACCAGUCAUCACGGACCCAGAUGGACUAGGAAGCAUAAUCGUGAAGCUGAGGAGAGGCCAGAGCAUCAAGAUGAAGUGUGUUGCCAAGAAAGGGAUUGCGAAGGAGCACGCGAAGUGGGCGCCCAGUGCGGCAAUCGGGUUUGAGUACGACCCGAACAACAAGCUGCGACAUCUGGAUUACUGGUUUGAGGAAGAUCCGAUAAAGGAGUGGCCCAAAAACGAGGAGAACGCAAACAUCGAUGGCAUCCCGCAAGAGGGCGAGCCGUUCGAUUACGACGCUGUCCCCACCCGUUUCUUCUUCGAUGUAGAAACAGUCGGUGGCCUUGAGCCUGACCAGAUUGUACUCCAGGGCAUCAAAGUCCUACAGCGCAAACUUGCCGGCAUAAUCGGUGAUCUUACUGGUACAGAAGAGACGAAUGGUGUGGACGGCUAUGGCGGUGGCCAAAGUCCGCAGAUGAAUGGCGGGCAGGGCUAUGGAGCUCCGGAACAGGGCUACACGACGCCGUAUGGUAACACGAGCACAUGGGGUGGUGGCGGAGGUACCACGCCGUAUGGCGCGACGCCGUAUGGUGGCGGCGGUGGGAAUCCGUGGUGAGGCGUGGUUCAUGCAGCGACCAUCACACAUUUGCACAUCUGUAUAUUGCGCUACAUCCUAGGCUUCCUAGAGACUGGGCCUUCGGUUUGGACGGACCCUAGCGGGUUUUACUCACAACACUUAUGGCGAGGAUUCUUUUUCGGCGUUUAGAGGUGGCAGUCACCAAAAGAGUGCAUCCUAAGGCGUUCACUGGAGUCACGGAACGUGCCCCAGGUAGUCGAGUAUGGCGUGGCUCAAGGGGCCAAGUUAGGUUUGAAUGCUCCCAAAAGUCUUUCAGCCUCCACCUAGUCUAAUAUUAAGAGAGACUAAACUCAAAUCGAAUUAGAUCAUAUUCGUUGAAGUUCCCUCACAGUAUCUCCCACCUCCAGAAUGCUAUCCGAUCGAAUGUCUCAAAAGUCUUCGUCGCGGCUUUCACCCGAAC